GAUUCUUUCCUCCGAUUUGUCGAAGCAGCAGUUCGUCUGCUCUCUUCCCUCUGCUAGGCCGUAUCCCCGUCGGCGCCGGAGAGACCCACUGGCCGGCGACCAAAGGGUUGAUUAGGCUUAACAUCUUCCUUCGUGUUGGUGCUUCGGAGUUAAGAAUGGGCGGUGUCAGGUUGGAGCUUCGGUGUCCUCGGAACGUCCAUGGAGUUUCAUUAGACCCCGAUCCCGAUUGGAGCUUCGAUGCUCUUCUAUCCGAGCUUAGUGCUGUGGAGAAGAAGCUUAACGCUUCUUCGCCAUUCUUAUCUGCUCCUUUCAGUGAGAGGCAGUUAAGGAAUGCUUCCGGUAGGACGAAUGCUGAGAGAAGUCCCGUUGCCUUCAGAAUGUGCCUCGCAGAAGAUGAUGAGAUUGAGGAGGCAAUUGAUCAGAGGAUAGUGGCUCGCAAUCGAUUCGAGUGCCACGAGGUGUACUUGAGCGAUGAGAGUGACGAGGACUCGCCUCUUGAAGGACAGCCCUACUUGAUGGAUGAAGUAGGACUAGUGGAAGGUUCGUUGUUCGAGCUAAACCAUGAUUAUCAGUUUGGACUUAAGGAGGAGGUUAGGAAUCAUGUCUCAACCAUAGAGAGAGAUUUGUUGAAUGAAAAUGAGAAGUCCACUGCCGCUCUUAUACGAGUCAGAAGAUAUAGAGAUGCAAGAUGGGAUACUGAAAAGAGGAUGGAUACACAGUAUCAUCGAAAAAUUGCAGAGGGCCUGGAUAACCAUUUAACAGAUAUCCAAAGGGAGUACGAACUAAAGUCGCAAAUUGAGGAGAGGAGAAUAAGAAAUGAUGCAGCUCACGAAGAGGCCAAAAGAAAGGCUCUUUAUGAGGAAAAGUUACGCCAAGAGAAGGCUAAAGCAGAAGCAGAGGCUAGAGUUAGAGCCGAGGAAGCGAGAAAAAAAGCCCUGGAAGCUGAGAGGAAAGCAAAAGAAGCAGCGGAUAAGGAAGCUGCUGAGAAAAUUGAGAGAGAUGCUGCUAUGAAGGCUCAAAAAGAACAAGCUAAACAACGGGUGAUUGACCAGUCCAAGGAAGCUCAGCCUACUGGAAUAAAGAAGCCAGAAUCCGCUGGUGACAUAGUCAAGGCAGCAAAAAGUGCUCUCAACUUAGAGCAAGCAAGACUCCAGAGAUAUAAAGAGAUAGAAGAAAACAAUCAGGCAUUAAGAUUGAACAAGGAUUUCAGCAGCAAGGAGAGACAUAUAGUGAGGUUGAUUAAACAAAUAAGGGGGAUAAAGGACAAUGUCAGGGCUAAAGCCACUGAACUCGUCAAGAUUUUCAAUGAUCCUUCUUGCCCACAGUCCAUCAGUAUCGUGAUGUUUGCGAAAAAGGUUGUCUCCCUCUCUGAAAGCCCUGAUACCAGUGCAUUUGCGUGGGCUCAUGUUAUUGUGCUCAUUGCCUCCAAGGUUCCUCAAGCAAUGGACUUUCUUCUUGCAGAGCUUCACAGGGUUUGCAUCUUUACUGUUCCAAAAUACGUAAUGUACUCAAAGCCAGCAUUUGAAUCAAGAGAGGCUCACUACAAAUCUCUCGGGUUCAAAGAAGACAAUGGCAAGAUUGAGAGUGUGAAUGAUUAUUUGAAACGGCUGGAAUCUUACAUCAGACUGUAUGGGGCGCUCGUGCAGACGGAGGUUGAGGGAGUCCAAAAUCCUCAUGGCCUUGCAGAGGGAUGGGCAUGGCUUGCACGGUUUCUAAAUGCUCUACCUGCCAACAUUUAUACAGCUGUUACACUCAAGUCAUUCUUGCAGAUGGCAGGCUAUGCCUUGUACAGAAAAUAUAAAUCUCAGUUCGGGAAGAUACUCAACGUGAUCUCGGAAAACUACUUGGCCGCUUUAAAAGCUCGAGAUAACUCGGAGCUGAAUCCUGUGAUUGCAGAGAUUCAGUCGUACAUAGAGGACAAGAAGUUUCUCCAAGUACCCGAAGGAAGGGUCCUGCAGGGCGCGUUGCUCUCCAGAGAGAUGGUACCAGAGUCGGACUAUCGUGAGUCAUACAAUUACCCUUCCAACAGAUACUACUAUUGAUGAGUGAGUAUUAGGAAGAUAGUUGGAACUGUUAGCCAACUUACACAGUCAAUGUUCAGCUCUUGUUGGACUUAAAUUUUCGACUUCACAGAAGACUCUGUAUGCAUAUAAUGUGUACACAUUUAUAUGCAUAUAUAGACUCGUGUAUUGUAUGUACUGAUCUCUGCAAUUUUUUUUUCUUUUUUUCUUUUUGAUGUAAGAUCUCUGCAAUUGAAUAGAAUCCAUUGUUAGUCUUCUUCUACUAUUUA